CAAACAAACGAUGAAAUCAGGUGAAGUUCUUUAUCUAAGCAAAAUUUAAAAUGUUUUGCAUGGUGAGAAUCUUCGAUAAAUUAAUCCUUUGUUCUGGAAAUCAAGCGAGGAGAUUUUUCGCGACUGUGCCUAUUGAAAAACGUGCCCAUGCUUAUGCAGGCGUAAAUACACACAAACCAAAAGAGUAUUGGGAUUAUGAGGCUCACGUUGUGAAUUGGGGUCGCUUUGAAGAAUACAAAGUCGGGGAAAAAUUGGGAAGUGGUAAAUAUAGCGAGGUCUUUGAGGCAAUAAACACCAGAAACAAUGAAAAAUGUGUUAUCAAAUUUCUAAAGCCUGUGAAAAAGAAGAGAAUUAAAAGAGAAGUAAAGAUUUUGGAAAAUCUACAAGGAGGACCAAAUAUAAUCUCAUUGCUGGACAUGGUGAAAGAUCCUGUUUCAAGGAUACCAGCUCUUAUAUUUGAGUUUGUGAAUAAUACAUACUUUAAAACCUUGUAUCAAGAAUUUUCAGACUAUGACAUAAGAUUCUACCUCUAUGAAUUACUCAAAGCAUUGAACUAUAGUCAUCAAAUGGGAAUAAUGCACAGAGAUGUUAAACCAGCAAAUGUCAUGAUUGAUCAUGAAAACAGAAAGUUACGAUUAGCUGACUGGGGACUUGCAGAAUUUUACCAUCCGUACAUGGCAUAUAAUGUUCGGGUUGCUUCAAGGUACUUCAAGGGACCAGAACUUUUACUAGAUUAUAAAAUGUAUGAUUACUCUUUGGAUAUGUGGAGUGUUGGAUGUAUUCUUGCUCAGAUGAUAUUUAUGAAAACCCCAUUUUUUCAUGGACUCAACAAUUCUGACCAAUUGUUGCAAAUAGUAAAAGUUCUAGGAACUGAUGAUCUUAACUCGUACUUGAAAAAGUAUCAAUUGCAUAUAAAAUCCAUCUCAAGAAAUGAUCUUAAGAGGCAACCACAUGUUAGAAAAAAGCUGGAAAAAUUUGUAAACAAUCAAAAUCAGCAUUUAGUAAGUCUAGAAGCAUUAGAAUUGUUAAACAGACUUUUAUGUUAUGAUCAUCAAGAAAGACUUACUGCAAGGGAGGCAAUGGAUCAUGCAUAUUUCUACCCAGUAGUAAAAGAACAGGAUAUACCAUCAUCCACAGCAAUGUGAUAUUCCAAAAUAUGAUGCAGUGGAUUAAAGGAGCUUCUGUGCUUAUAAGACUGAAAGAUGUAUACUAUAAACCAACUUUUAUUUGUGUGCGAGAAAUAUUCUUGAGAUUUGCAGCUUACUUAUACUUGUGAUUGCAUGCAUGUGUUGUUUGCAGCUACACAUAGUCAUUUGCUAUGACAACUUUAUUACCAUAUAUACUCGCCUAUAAGUUGGUUUUUUGGGAGUUAAACUCUGGUCCAAAACUCUUUAUCCGACUUAUACACAAGUUAUAAAAUGAUUGGUAUUUUAGUGGGUUAGUCCCUCAAAUGUAAGCUUAAAAAAUACAACCGACUUAUAGGCGGACCGACUUAUAGGCGAGUAUAUACGGUAAACAAAG